UUUAUUAUUAUUAAUAAUGAUGAACUUCAACCAUAAUUCUGCAACGGAUAGAUUGGAUUCAGACACAGAUGAUUCAAGUUUUCAUAGUCCUACUUACCGGAUUGUUACUGAUUCACCAACAGAAGUUGAAUAUUAUCCAGUGCUUUAUGAAAGCGAACCAAAUAAAACUAGUGCGGAUAAUAAUCGAGUACACAUAGAAUCAUCAGUCAAUGAAAGUGGAUAUAAUUCUUAUUGCAAUCACAGUCAUCUGUCAACCGAUGAAGUAUACCAGAUAGCACAAACGGCCUAUAGAGGUAAUUCAUUGCAGAAUGAACCGGAAAAGCAAUUUUGUGGUAAUAAUACGUGUCAGUUGGGCUAUGUAUCAAGAGGUUAUUCACACAAUACUGCGAAUGGAGUUGAAUAUACAAAUAAUGCAAGCGAUGCAGCUUCAGCCAUCGCAUCUAUAGUAAAUAAAGAAAAUAUACCCAAUUAUAAUUCACUGUCUGAAUUUCUAGCUACAGCCAUACGCUACAAUUACACACCGCAAGUUUGCAACACAUAUGCUCCGAAUCCAUAUUACCAGCACAAUGUGACGUCUACUCCGGACACAAAAAUUAAGAAUGCUGGACAGCAGUAUCUUGAAAGAAAUCACCAUGUUCUUUGGAGUAACCAAGCUAGCAAUCAAUAUAAUCAGCCUACCAGCGACGGGUCAGAAACAGCAUUUAUCAGUGGCACAGGAAAUGAAGGUGAUUCUUCAUUUCCGUCUGCUUCAACAUCACUGAAUCUCUUUACAGACAGCCAUUUAAAUCAACUGGUAUGUAAAAAGGCAUUUGUCCAGAGAAUGAUGGCUUUACAGCAUCAAACAAGUCAUAAUACAGAAAUUAGUCACAAAACUUCUCAUCACAUUAUGGAGUGUAGAACUGCACCAAUAGAGGGUAUCACUUCCUCCACGGAAACUGAAAACUCUGAAUCAUUUAUUGGUCCAUGGCAUCGAGUGGAAAAGUUUUAUGGAGGAAACAAUCGUUGGAAAACAGACGAAGUAUAUCACUCAGACAUUAAAUCCAGUGAGGAUAUAAAUAUGGUGCAUAGGAAUCCAGUCACCUAUAACGAAAAUUAUGGAACACCCAGUAAUUCACAAACUCAAAGGAUUGCCUGUGCGAAUGUUUCAGCCCACUGUGAGGCGAGCUUAGAUACGUCUCUAAAUAUAAAUGUUUUGCAUGCAGAUUGCAAUACAAAGGAAAAUGUACCUACAUUCCAUUCCAUUCCUCAGUCGUCUGGUGAUUAUUCAAAUACAGAUGAGACCUCCAAUCCAGAUUUAAUAAGUGCGUCUACUUCUACUGUUUUUCAAGCACCUUUAGCAGAAUGCAGUAACCAAAUGCAUCAGAACGAAGGUAACUACGAUUAUGACAGUGCUUCUUGGAAGCAACAAAAUAUUUUUCCUCAAGGCUCAGGAAUAUGUAUAUCUGAAAUACGAAUUAAGCUUGAAGAUACAGGAAAAUCAGACACAAGUGUAAAUGCCUUAGCAUCAACCUCUUUUGACAUGUCGACACUUCAACCGGAAUAUAACGAAUCUUCUGCCGAUGGAUCUACUUUUCGAGAAAAUGAAUUCACACAGGAAGCGAGUUCCAGCAUUUCGUCUUCCGUGAUAAGGGAUCAACCACUAAAGCGUAUUUCACGAAUGAGAUCAAGUAGAUUUUCUCGCUGCAGUUAUCUGAACCGAAACCGACCGCUGAAUUCAAAUGCUGUGGAUAUCAUGGAAGAUUGGUAUUUGAAUCAUGAGGACAAACCAUAUCCAUCAACGAUUGAGAAACAAUGGUUGGCUGCUAAUGGAGGCAUAACAGUAAUGCAGGUUAACUCAUGGUUUGCCAAUCGUCGGACGCGUGCAUCAAAUACUAGACCAAAAAAGAAUCGAGUCAAGUUAUUCGAACAAAUUUACGAAUUAUCUGUUGAACUAGAAUCUCUCAGUCAAGGGAGAGUAAAAGCAUUAGCCAUACAAGAGCGAAUUGGUGAAAUCAUUAACGAAUAUCUUAAAUGAAUGAUUCCUUGUGAAUCAUAAACCAAGUUUAUUAAUAUUUUCCAUUAUUUAACAGACUUUAAACACAAAAUUCUCCACUUGUUUUGUUGUUGGUUGCUUUUAAAUUUUGUUAUUUUAUUGUUUUCUUUUUUUUCUCGUCUAUCAAUAUAUCAAUUUACAUAUA